GCUGUAAUAAGGCGUGUUGGACAUGAAAUCAAACAACCAGUGAUUGUUGCGCGCUGUUGCUGCACUUGCUGUUCGGGUUUCCACCACGACCACCUCAUCCACCCCAUCAGCAUCAGCAUACCCCCCCCCCCUCCCCCUUCACCCUCACCCUCACCCUCGCCUGAUCAGCGGCACAGAUCCGCAACGAUGAUGCUCUCCAUGAUUGCGAGGCGCCUCCAAGUCCCUGUGCGUCGGCUUGCAUCCACAGCGGUUCCAAAAGGCAUGCGCCGCGGAGCGGCGGAUGGUGGCGGCAGCUCGGGCGUGUCGCCGCUGUUGAUGGCCAUGCCUGCGAUUGCCUUUGGGCUCGGUACCUGGCAGAUCUUCCGCAAGAAACAGAAGGAGGAGCUCAUCGCUGUUAUGGAGGGAAAGCUGUCCAAGGAGGCUGUUCCACUGCCAACCUCAGUUGUCGACGUUGCUGGUAUGGAGUAUGAACGUGUGAGUGUUGAGGGCGAGUUUCUCCACGACCAAGAGAUUAUUGUGUCACCACGCACGCGCACACGUGAGGCCUUCUCAAGCAUGGGCGAUGUGCCCACCCCCGGUGCCCAGAUCAUCACUCCGUUCCGCCGCGCAGACACCGGGGAUGUGAUUCUAGUCAACCGCGGUUUUGUCACAGAGGACUACGUUCCUCCAUCGAAACGCCAGCAAGGACAAGUGCAGGGCAAGCAGAAGCUUGAGGGCAUCGUUCGCCUCGGAGAAAAGAAAGGGGCGUUUGUUCCUGAGAAUGAGCCGGAGAAGGAUGAGUGGCGCUGGAUCGAUAUCAAGACAAUGUCGGAAGCGCGAAACACAAAGCCAAUCCUCAUUGAUGUCGUGGAAGAGUGCACGCCGCCUGGAGGGAUGCCGCUUGGUGGACAGACGCAGAUCAACAUCCGCAACGAACAUAUGCAGUACAUCAUCACUUGGUAUUCGCUCGCAGCGGCCACGUUUGCAAUGCUGGUUGUUCUCCGCCGUAACCAGGGCAAGCGCGCGGCUCGAAAGCUCCCGCCCCAGGCCAUGAGCGGUCGACAAUAGACAUGUGCGUGCGUGCGUGUGUGUGUAUGUGUCUGUGUCUGUCUGUGUCUGUCUGUGCGUCUGUAUGUGCGUGUCUGUGUGUCUGUCUGUGUGUGUGUGUGUGUGUGUGUGUCUGUGUGUGUGUGUGUGUGUGUCUGUGUGUUUUCAGCUGGCUCGCUGCAUCAUUAUCAUUAAAUGCUCGAAGGAAACGGUCUUGGA